GAUCAGCUACUCGAAUCAGAUCGCAAGACUUAGUGCUCGUGCCGAAAAAGAUCGGAUUUUUGCACGCUGCUGAGUAUGGCGAAACAUAGUAUUUUUGACUUUCAAUCGCCCGAUGCUGACCUAAAAGACGAUGUCCUAAGGGGCCGACUGUUCGAAAUUUUAAGAAAAUAUGCCAGUGGUCCUGUUAUAUCAACUGAACUGGAAGAUGGCAAGAGCUGUUUGUUUAUCUUCGUUGGAGAAAAUGGGGGACAUUGGAUUCUGCGAAGUUUCUCCACCGGUUUGAUAACCUUGGAUGUAAUGCAAUGUGGGAAAGAAGAAAUAUUGUCUAAGGAUACUUUAAAAAGUAUAGAAAAGGAGAUCUGCAAAGUUCUUUCAGCUGAGAAGUCACUGCAUUUGCCACCGAUAAAUCGAGGAGCUAAAGUUAACACCUAUUAUCCAACUGUAGAUGAUCUUCUAAUCCAGUAUGACUUUGACAGAUUAGAAUUUGAAACCAAUUCUCCCUACCAAAACAUCAAAAUUCUUCACUCCCAGCAGUUUGGGAAUAUACUUAUUCUAGAUGAUGACAUAAAUCUUGCUGAAAGUGACUUCAUCUAUACUAAGACAAUAACAGGAAGUGGCAGAGAAGUCUUUAAGGACAAAACCAUUCUUAUUCUUGGGGGAGGGGAUGGUGGAAUUCUAAAUGAACUCCUGCAAUGCUCCCCUGAGUUUGUCACAAUGGUUGAUAUUGAUGAAGAUGUGAUAAACUGUGCUAUAAAGUAUUUACGAGGGAUAUGUGGAAAUGCUUUAGACAAUCUCUCUGGUGAACAUCACAAGGUACACAUUGGUGAUUGCGUGAAAUAUUUAGAGCAGUGUAUAGAGGAAGGCAGAACAUUUGAUUAUGUCAUCAAUGAUUUGACAGCAAUUCCUGUCACAAAGGAGCCAAUAGGUUCCUUGUGGGAAUUCUUAAGACUGAUUCUGGAUAUGUCGAUGAAGGUGCUGUCACCUAGUGGGAAAUAUUUCACCCAGGGUAACAGUUACAAUAAGCCGGAUGCUUUACUAAUGUACGAACAACAGUUAACCAAGCUGUCUUGCCCUGUCCAAUUCAGAAAAGAAGAUGUCUUUGUUCCAUCUUACCACGAAAAAUGGGUAUUCUACGAAAUAUGGAAGACGAAUGAAAGUACACUCUCAUAAUACCAAUUGUAAACUGAGCUUAAUUGAUGUCUUACUGGAGAUGAAAGUAUCGAAACCAAUUGCAUUUUAGCCGAAAUUAGCUUAGUUUGAGGCACUAA